CGUUCUUAGUGUAUAUCAUGCAUUCACAAUUGUGAUUCUUUUCCGUAAACUGCUUACUUUCCCGUGGUAAAGAUAGAGUUUGAAAAAUUAUUUUCGGAACAAGUUUUAAUCAUUCAGUUAAUCUCGACAUAUUCAAGUAGUAGCUUCGUUUAACCAUGAUAGUGUGUUUGUGUUUCGUGUGUUUACAAGCAAUCAUUGUCAGUGGGAUCCGAAAUUUGUCUUCCGAUAAUGCAAUCUUUCCUAAACUUCCGAAUUACGUAUCAGUUUCGAACAACAAACAGUGCGUCGAUGACAGUUAUCUCUAUUUGAACCAACUCAGUAAUCUAACACUUUGGGCCUAUGAAGUUUUCGAUGCCACUAGUUCUUCAGUAACUGGUAUUUUAAGUGGAAAUGUCUAUCAUUUUGGAGAUUGGGAUGAAUGUCUAACCGCAAUGGCGCCCUUUGAAACUCAGUAUUGUUUAACUAAAGUAUAUAUGGAAGGACUAAAUUUAUCUUAUGGAAGGAAUCAAUACUCAAUUGAGUAUUCUCCGUAUGAAUCCCUAUUAAAUAAGCUUUACAAAAAAGAUGACAGUUCUCAGAUACGCAGAGAUGUGGCAUUUGUUGGAAUCUGUUUGCCAGCUUCUUGUUCCGCCAGUGACAUAGAAAUUUCAUUGAACGACCAGAUUAAAAAUCAACGAACUCUAUUAACCACGAAGAAUAUAUCAUAUACAGUUGAAGUUUCCCAGAAGUUGUGUCAAACAUCAAGUGAUUUGAAUAAUUUUAACGAUACAGAUAUCGCUUUUUGGGAUGUCAUGCAAAGGUAUGUGAAUCUGAUUGUGUCGUCGAUCCUGGUGAAGCGUCUGGGAUCGGGAGUGGUUUCGGUGGUUUCUGACGAAUCGUCUUCAGACAUUUCGUCAGCUGGUGGAUCGACACACUUGAUAGGUGCGGUUUUCGUUGGUGUUAGGGAUUUAGGAGAGGGUCUGUUGGGACAUUUCGAGUCAAAGGCAAGGUGCUUGCCUUUGCAAUUGGAGCAGGAUGGGGAGGAGGUGCAGGAAGAAGAGGGAUGGUUGCCGCCGCAGCGGGCGGAUAGGAUGUCGGUCGAGGAUAUAUUCAGAUCUACAGAUCGAAUAACGCAGGAGAAGGAGUACAAAACUGGGGCAGCUUUUGUACUAUUUCAUGGAGAUUUGUUUGUGGAUACUUUUUUUGUGUUAAGUGGUGUUUUGGUGGCUUACAUCCUAUUAAAUCAAUUCGAGAAAAAGAUGGUAAAUCCUCUGCUAAUUUUUUUGGUACGAUAUUUCAGGUUGGUUCCCAGCUACGCCUUCAUUAUAUUUUUCUAUGCAUCGAUUUUUGAAAACACUGGAAGUGGCCCGUUAUGGAAAUUAAUUAUAGAACCUGAAGCGACUGAUUGUAAAAGAAACUGGUGGCUUAGUUUGCUUUUCGUUAGCAACUAUAUCAAUGAUGAAAAUAUGGCACCAUUGGUGUUCGGAGAUAUCAUUAUCGCUUUCACCUCUUCUAUGGUUUUAUAUCUGUUAAUUGAAAUGCCUUUCCGAAGAAUUUUUAAGGAGUUGUUUAUUCCACAUAUUUCUAAAACGAAGUCUACAUUCGAUGUUUCAACUAAAGAAAAUAUAAGGACCAGAGAAAAGAUAAUGGAAAAUCGUACUGAGAGCAGGUUAUAAACUAUCAUGUGAAAAUAAAUGUGACUAUUAAUAUUCAGAUACUGUUGUAAUUUUUAUUUGUAUAAGAGUUCAAUCAGUAUGUAUUUAAUUAUAGUAAGACCAACCAGACUUAUGUAAAAUAGAUACACAAACAUUUUGUUUUGUACAUUAAAUUUGUUCUGAGUGUAUAUUCCACGUAUAAAUAAAUAAUUUGUGCUGUU